GAGGCGGAGCGCGGCGGGACGUUGGGCAGGGCCGGGCCGGGGCGAUGAGCGGGCCGGCGGCCGCGCUGCGGGGGUACAACGCGGAGCUGCGGGAGGGGCUGGCGGAGCUGCGCGGCCGGCGGGAGGAGCUGAGCGGGCGGAUCCGGGAGGAGGAGGCGGAGCGGAGCCGGCUGCAGGGCCGGAUCGGGGCGCUGACCGAGCGGCUGGCCCGCACCACCGAGAGCCUGGCGCGGCACCUGGCCGCCCGCGGCGAGCUCGACAGGACCAUCGCCGAGACCGAGGCGGCCUACGGCAAGAUACUGGAGAGUUCUCAGUCAUUGCUAGAUGUCCUGAAGGGAGAAAUCGGGAAUGCUGGUAAAGCCAGUGAGCCACAAAGUACUUCAAAGGAGAAAGAAAAACAAGCACAUGGACAAAAGCAUUCCUAAACUUGUUCUUCAACCUGGAAAGUCCUGUUGGUCUGGGACAGCUGCUGUUCUGGUACAAGGAUGCUGCAUUUAAUAAAAGUCUUUGUCUUGCAAAAGUAAA